CUCCCGCUUUCUAAUGACAACAUUAGUUCCGCCGUGGUUUUCCGCCGGACCCUUCUUGCUGACGUACGGAGCAGUGGAGCUGCUAAAAUCCAAACAUCUGAAACGUUCGUGUGAAGCUUCUGUGAAACAUGGAGGAGCCGCCGACCAGAGUUUUGGCCUGUGGAGACGUGGAGGGGAGACUCAGCGCAGUUUUCAGUCGAGUGCAGAACAUCCAGAAGAAAACGGGACAGUUCGACUUGUUGUUGUGCGUCGGAGAGUUUUUCGGGACGACACCAGAGGCCGAGGCCGAGUGGCAGCUUUACAAAACUGGAGCCAAGAAAGCUCCCAUCCACACCUACGUCCUGGGAGCAGCGAGUCAGGAGACGGCGAAGAAGUUCCCCGGAGCUGACGGCUGUGAGCUGGCUGAAAACAUCACGUAUCUGGGUCGGCGUGGCGUGUUCACGGGCGUGUCCGGACUACAGAUCGCCUACGUCAGCGGUCGGGAGGCCCCCCAGGAACCGGCCCCGGCUCACUGCUUCACCGCCAAAGAUCUGUCGGCUCUCGUGGCUCCGCUGACCAGCAGCUCCAAGUUCAGAGGCGUCGACAUCCUGCUGACGUCACAGUGGCCGCGGGGGGUGUGGCACUUUGCAAACAACCCGGAAGUGAACACAAAGUUCUGUGGAAGCAACUCCGUCGCCAACCUCGCAGACAAGUUGAAGCCGCGAUACCACUUCGCUGCACUAGAGGGCGCUCACUAUGAGAGACUCCCGUACAGGUGA